UUUAACAAUUGGCUUUUCUAUACACAAUUUUUUUUUUUUUAAAAAUGAUGAAUACAAAAUUUUCAAUCUUCAAAUGAUUUGUGCAAAUUAUUAUUAUUUUUUUAAUAAAAAGACAUACCUUACCAAGAUAGCUUGGCAUCGUUAGCUCCUUUUACAUAUGUGUGCCUAACCCUGAAUUCACAGUCAGCGCAAAUUAGUGGCGAAAAAUCAUUCGACGCAAAUUCGGGCUAACCUAAUGUGGGUAUCAAACGUUUUUCUACUUUAGAUUACGCUCUAUUCGCGGUAUUUUUAUUUUUAUCCCUGAUAAUUGGAUCGGCAUAUGCCUUUAUAGGCGGCAAACAGAAAACUACACAGGAAUUUUUGAUGGGUGAUAAAAAAAUGGGUAUUUUUCCAGUUGGAGCUUCUCUGAUAGCUUCCUUUGUAUCAGCCAUAUCCAUUCUAGGAACCGGACCCGAAAUUUAUUUGUACGGAACACAAUAUUGGAACAUUGUUAUCAGCUACGGGUUCGUUAUUCUGGUCGCAAACUAUUUCUAUCUCCCGGUGUUUUACAAUCUCAAACUCACCUCAACAUACGAAUAUCUUGAGAAAAGAUUUCAUAGAAACUUGCGAUUAGCGGGAUCGUUCACGUUUACAAUACAAAUGGUUUUUUAUCUCGGGAUAGUUCUUUAUGCUCCAUGCCUAGCCCUCAAUCAAGUCACCGGGAUAUCCAUAACAGCAUCCAUCUUAACAGCCGGUCUUGUAUGCACGUUUUACACAUCUAUCGGGGGAAUAAAGGCCGUUAUGUGGACUGAUGCGUUCCAAAUAAUAGUAAUGGUUCUUGGAUUAAUCAUCGUGGUUAUUAGAGGAGUAUAUGUUGUCGGUGGAGUUAAAACUAUAUGGGAGAGAAGUUAUGAAGGAGCAAGGCUUCAAAAAAUAGACUUUAACUUUGACCCAUUCGAACGUUAUACUUUUUGGACACUUACAAUUGGUGGAUUUUUUACAUGGUUAGCGAUAUAUGGCGUUAAUCAAGCGAAGGUACAAAGGUGUUUAUCAUGUCCUACUUUGCGCAAAUCACAGUGGGCUAUGUGGACAAAUUUUCCCUGCCUGGUAAUCAUAAUAUCUCUUUGCUGUUAUUCUGGGUUAGUCAUGUAUGCACAUUUUUAUAAUUGUGAUCCAAUUUUAUCACAUCAAGUCAAAUCUGCCGACCAGAUGUUACCCUUAUUCGUCCUGGAAGUUAUUAAUUAUCCAGGCUUGCCUGGCAUAUUUAUUUCGGCAUUAUUCUGUGGUGGUAUGAGCACCAUGUCAUCUGGUGUCAAUGCUUUGGCGGCAGUUUCAUUAGAAGAUGGUAUUAAAAUGUUUAUUUACCCAAAUAUCAAUGAGACUAAAGGAGCUAUCGCUUCAAAGAUUUUGGUCGCCAUUUAUGGAUUGAUGGUAAUCGGCGUCGCAUUUAUAUCUUCGUAUUUAGGUGGAGUUCUACAGACAGCUUUAAGCAUAUUUGGUAUGAUCGGUGGGCCUUUGUUAGGAUUAUUCACAUUAGGAAUGUUUUUCCCUUGCGCAAAUUCCUGGGGAUCUUUUUUGGGAUGGAUAUUUGGAAUGGUUUUUUCAUUCUGGAUUGGCAUAGGUGCGACUAUUAACAAGCAAACCUUCCCAAAAUUAAAGUUGCGUAUAGAUGGUUGUUCUAACUACAAUCGUAGCAGUUUUAAUAGUUUCAAUUCUACAAAUUCAUUUGUUACAUCUCACUACAAUACGAUAUUUUCCAAACCGAUACCAAAAGUAUAUCAGCUCUCUUACCUAUAUUUUAGUACACUCGCCACCCUCUCUGUCGUUAUUAUAGGACUCAUAAUAAGCCUAUUAACAAGAAAUAAAAAUCAUUAUGUUGAUCCUAUUUUAAUAUCCCCACCUAUUCGAAUAUUGAUGUCGUGGUUCAGUAAAAGCCGUACUUAUUUUUUAGAAGAUGCGAAAUCUCAAAAUAUAAAACUAGACAAGAUAACUACAAAAAAUUCGUAAAUGUUAGUGCAUGCUUGACCAAACAAAUGUGUAAUGAAAAUUACAAAUUUAGAAUUGAA